AUGGCCCCUCUGCUCUCUGAAGAGGGUGGUUCCUACCUGCAGUCCUAUGGCUCUGUGUCUUACACAGAGAGCAGGGCCUCUGUCCCUGACCCUGGGAUGGUCAUGGUGCUAAAGGAGGCUCAGUCCACAAGUAUGAUACCACCAGCCUCCACCUCUGGAAUCUGCUACUCUGUGCCUCCUCAUCCCAUCACAAAGACAGGUUUUCAAGCUCCAAGCCAGGAACAGAAAGAGAAUAAGAAUGUGGAGAAUAUUAAAACCAAGCUUUCCAAGCACGUGAAUGGGUACCAGAUCCCAACAGAAAACGAAGCUGCUCCACUGUUCCCUUUAGAGUCCCUGGCAAUCCACAGGUGCUGGCCUGCACUGAUCCCCUUGGCCAAGAGGAGCAGCCUGGUUGUGACAACUCUGCCCCAAGGUUCCAAGGUGAUCAAUUCCAAAGACACCAGGGGCCUCAAGUUGCACGAGGUGCCGAAAAAGUCAAGUGUCAGAAAGACUCGCUCUGAUCAAGGCAGGAAGAUCAAACACAAAGCCUCUGAGUCUAUCAGUGAUGCUCCCAAGGCCAAGAUCAAGCCCGACAGCCCAGAUUAUGUGUUUGUGGAAGAAGGGGUUCCUUGCGAUGCUGCAGCUGGUGGCACGGCUCUUUCAAACAUGGCCAAGCAUUCUAACAGCAAACCUCAGGAAGCCGCAGCCAGCUGGACCAGCAAAACUAAGAGCCAUGGGCAGGAAAACACCAAAAGAAACAAGGAAAACUACUCCCAGAGAGCUGAGGAGAGGAAGCAGUCAGGGAACAAAGUCAAGGCAGAGGAGAAGCCAGCCAUUCCCAAGAUGAAGAGGAAGAAAAGUCACCCUGAGCUGCCACAAGAGGCCAUCAAACAGCCUCGCAGCGGCCUUGGUAUGCACAUGCUGGAGUCUGUGCAGGUUUUCCAUGCACUGGGCAAGAAGAGGGAUGAGAAAGCUGACCUGUCUUCCUCGUGGGCCUUGGGAAAGUCAAGCAACCCCAAAGGCCCCCAGCCACGCCCAGCUAUGAAGCUAUGGCUGAAUAUGACCCAGAAUUCCAAAAAUCCACCUUUCCUUGGAAUUUCAACCUCUCUGCAAUGCUCUCUUCCUGUGGAGAGCAAUGCAGGAAGUGUCUGCAAUUUCUACAAUGCCUCUGCUCCAGCCAACAGUUCACCAUGGCUCCUGCCAUCAGCCUCUGGCACCUCUUUCCAACCUCUCAUGGGUGGUGCCCACUUUUACCAACAUUCUUGCACAACCAUGUUGUCUGGAAUUCCUGGCCAGAGCCCUAUCUCCAUUCCAGCUGCUUCCAAUCCUAAAGUUUUUGAGUGGGCUCUUACAGGAGACACUGAAAAGAAGUCAUCAUCACUCAGAAACUUCACUGUGACUGUCACUGACCAGGACACAACUGUCUCCUCUAUUUCUCUGGCGUCCCAGUGUGAUAAACCCUCAGAUGCCUAUAAUAUGGCUACUCAGUAUCCAUCACUUUCUGUCAACCUUGUUCAGGGGGCACCCAUUCAGGGACAGAGCCUGUCACAUCCCUACCAGGUGGGAAGGCAUGUGUGUUACUACAAUCAAGGCACAAUGGACCCUCUGCUCCCUGAAGAGGGUGGUUCCUACCUGCAGUCCUAUGGCUCUGUGUCUUACACAGAGAGCAGGGCCUCUGUCCCUGACCCAGGGAUGGUCAUGGUGCUAAAGGAGGCUCAGUCCACAAGUAUGAUACCACCAGCCUCCACCUCUGGAAUCUACUUCUCUGUGCCUCCUCAUCCCAUCACAAAGACAGGUUUUCAAGUGAUGGAGACUUCCCUGGGGACGGAGACUUCCUUGGCAUUGCAACUUCCAGGCCAAAUAUUUUAUUUACCACCUACUCAAGAAUUCCUCAAGUUCGGCAGUAACAGACAUAUCCAGGUACCUGAGAGUUAUCCACCACCUCAGAGUGGGGACAUGUCAAUGGCACCCCUCGUCCAGAGUCCUAGGAACCUCCUGGCACUGCCUCCAGCUCCAAGCCAGGAACAGAAAGAGAAUAAGAAUGUGGAGAAUAUUAAAACCAAGAUUUCCAAGCACGUGAAUGGCUACCAGAUCCCAACAGAAAACGAAGCUGCUCCACUGCUCCCUUUAGAAGUCCCUGACAGUCCACAGGUGCUGGCCUGCACUGAUCCCCUUGGCCAAGAGGAGCAGCCUGGUUGUGACAACUCUGGUUUGGGAAAGAAUAGCCUGAGUCUUAAGGACCAAGGGACACUUGAAAAUGGGUCUGAAUCUAAUGACAGUUUUGCAGACAUCGACACCCUGGUGGAGGGUAUUCACCUUCCACAGGUCUUCACUUCCUUGGAUGACCUUGAUCAGCCCCAAGGACCCAAGGUGAUCAAAACCAAAGACACCAGGGGCCUCAAGUUGCACGAAGAGCAGAAAAAGUCAAGUGUCAGAAAGACUCGCUCUGAUCAAGGCAGGAAGAUCAAACACAAAGCCUCUGAGUCUAUCAGUGAUGCUCCCAAGGCCAAGAUCAAGCCCGACAGUCCAGAUUGUGUGUUUGUGGGAGAACUGGUUCCUUGCAAUGCUGCAGCUAGUGGCUCGGCUCCUUCGAACAUGGCCAAGCAUUCUAACAGCAAACCUCAGGAAGCUGCAGCCAGCAGGACCAGCAAUACGAAGAGCCAUGGGCAGGAAAACACCAAAAGAAACAAGGAAAACUACUCCCAGAGAGCUGAGGAGAGGAAGCAGUCAGGGAACAAAGUCAAGGCAGAGGAGAAGCCAGCCAUUCCCAAGAUGAAGAGGAAGAAAAGUCACCCUGAGCUGCCACAAGAGGCCGUCAAAAAGCCUCGCAGCAGCCUUGGUAUGCACAUGCUGGAGUCUGUGCAGGUUCUCCAUGCACUGGGCAAGAAGAGGGAUGAGAAAGCUGACCUGUCUUCCUCGCGGGCCCUGGGAAACUCAAGCAACCCCAAAGGCCCCCAGCCACGCCCAGCUACCAAACCAUGGCUGGUUUCUCCCCGCGAGGGCAAAGGUCCUGGGAAAACUCAAGUCAAUCCCCAAAAACCAUAUGCAAGUGCUGACAAAGGGGCUCCACCUCCAUCCCAGGACAAGCUGCCUUCUCCCGGGAAGGUCAAGCUGGUGCCACUGGUUUUCCCAACCAUGGACAAGCCUCAAGUUCAACCUGUUCCUCGCAGGCCACAGUCUCUGGCACCACGUCGGCCUGCUGUGACCAACCCUGCCAAGCCUGCUGCAGUCAAUGCAUCCCUGCCAACUCCUGCAUCUCUGAUAGGCCCUGCCAAAUCAGCUCAGCCAGUAUCAGCCAACUCAGCUGGACCAGGUCUGAACAACCGCGACGGCCCUAGUGCCCCUCAGCCUCCUGCUUCUAGGCCUGGGCCCUACAAAACCUCAUCUUGUGCUUCUUUCCAGCGGGAGCCUGUUCACUCCGCUGUGAGCCAGCCCCGGACUCCGCUCAGGCCUCACAACCACUAUCUACUACAGGAUUUCGCCCUCCAACCAAUUCCAUGGAGGAAAUCUGAGGUUCUGGGGCAAGCCAUGUCAACACCCAUCACAAAUGAGCAGAGGCCAGAUCGAGAGGCCAUGAAGAGGAAGGCUCAGCUAGAGCGUGAGAAUGCUGCCAAAUUGGGGGGAAUGCAGCAUUUCAUUGACAGGGAAAAAGAAAUGGACAUUUCUCUGAACUAUGGCUAUGUGAUGUAG